UUUUUCAUCAGCAGUCACCCUUUCACUCAGAGGAUAUAUAAGCGGACCGAAGAGAGAAGGCAGCUGAGAAACGCACACAGACACUCACUCACCAGCACACAUUUAAAUCCAAGCACUUUCAAGAGGGCAAGGACGUUUGCACAAGCUCUUUUACUCGGGACCAAGACUUCUGAGACACACUUGGGACAGCUUCAGUAUUGGAUCACAUCUGCUGGCAGGAGUGAUGUCUGUGUCUCUGUGGUGUGAGGAGGAAGAGGGCCAGGACAAGACUCAGUCUUCGGUCCGAGCCCCAUGGGACCCCAGCGCCUCCGGACUGAGGGUUAUUCAGAGACUUCUGCAGUCAGAGGAGAGAUACCUGCCAUCUCCUCUCUACAUCUCUCUCAUCCAGAGAGAACCACAGCGCAGAGAGGAACUGGCCAAGUGGACCAUGGAGGUGUGCUGUGAAUGUGACUGCGAUGAGUCUGUAUUUCCCCUGGCUGUCUCACUGUUGGAUCGAUAUCUGUCGGCCACUCUAUCCCUGCCUGUCUCUCCAUCAUGUCUGGCUGCAGCUUGUGUUCUGGUGGCCUCAAAACUGACAGAAAGUGACACAGUUAGUGCAGAUGCACUCUGUGCGGCAGCAGAGUACGACUUUCUCUCAUCAAACCUGCGGGAAGUGGAGCGUGUGGUCCUGGCGACUCUGCGGUGGGAUGUGGCAGCAGUGACCCCUCAGGACUUUAUCCCACACUUCCUGCGCACGCUCGGGGAACUCAAGGAUCGUGACGUGCAUACAGGAGACUUUGUCGCAACGCUGCGGCGCCACAGCGAUACACUUGUUGCCAUGUGUGUGUGUGACUCACGCUUUCUGGGAACACCUCCAUCACUGGUUGCAGCGGCUGCACUGAACUCUGCCCUGCGGGGUUUAAGAGCCAAGAGUGCGGGAGAGCUGAGUGUCAUGACCUCUGCCCUGGCCACACUCUGUCAGACUGAUGUGGCGGUGCUGCAGUGCUGCACUGAGCUGAUAGAGGGAGCUCUCAGGGAGAGACUGAGGAACGGAGCACACGAGGAGAAAGAUGAUGAUAUUGAAGAUGAAAGAGCCAGCACACCCACAGACCUAAGAGAAAUAGACUUUUAAUGCAGGGUUAAUUAUGAUAUUUA